AUAAUGUGAAACAGGCAUUUUUUUAAACUGACGUAUUAAAAUUAAUUUCUAAUUUACCAAGCAAUAUUUAAUAUUAUCUGCUGAAAUAGUAAGCCUUAAAGGCUUUGACUAGUAAAGUUGGGUAUAAUCUAUUAUGAAAAGAAUAUUUAUUGAAAGUUUUUUAGUAAAAAGAAACAAUGUUUUUAAGCAGUAUUAGCAAGACUGUGGUAUUUGUUUUUUCACUAGCUUUAGCUUCUAAUAUAGUCUACAAAUUUUAUCACAAAAAGAGGAAGAAGGAUACACCUGAUAUAAAUGAAGUUAUUAUGUUUUGUAACGUCGUCUCACCUUUAAAACAUAGCAAGUAUUCACGAAGUAAGAUAUCACACAAUUGCGAUCGUUUGUUACACUACAUAAACUCUCCUCGAUACAGUGUAGAUGUUUGCAUGUAUGUCUUGACAAAUCAAGACAUUAUAAAUAUUCUUUUGAAACUGCAUAUUCGUGGAAUUAAAGUUCGUUUGAUAUUGGAUGCCGAUAUGGCAUUUGCAAGUGGUACAGGAAUAAAACGAUUCGAUAAACUUGGAAUACCAGUCCGUUGGAUGAAGUCGACUCAUAUAAUGCACCACAAGUUCUGUUUGAUUGACACAUUGCAUCUAGAUGUUGAAAACGAAGAUUGUACCCCAUUGAUGAUUAUAGGUUCAUUAAAUUGGACAAACCAAGCUGUGACUGGCAACUGGGAGGACGUAAUAGUGACUUCACAGAAAGACUUAAUUAGACAAUAUCAGAGUGAAUUUGAGAAAUUGUGGUUACAAUUUAAGCCAAUUGUAGAUAGUAGAUUAAAUAAAUUUUAAGAAAAAAAAUAGUCUAAAAAAUUUGGUGGGUACUUAUUUCUUUUAUUAACACAAUAAUCAUAGUACUCUGUGUAUAUGUUUAGUUAUUUUUUAUUUGUUUUUCUCAUGUUUGACUAAUUUUUAAUUAAAACUUGACUAUUCAGUUACUGAUUAUUUUUGAGUUACGAGUAAACAGCCAUUAAAGCUAUUCCGAUAAGUCACAUACACAACUUCCAAGCAUAUGAAACAUUGUUUAUAGAGAUGCUUUUGAAAAUGCAUCACAGACAAUUUGUCUAUCCAUUACCAAAAUGAAUCAUUCUUGAAU